AUGGCACAAGUGCGCGGCAAGCCGUGUCUGGCAGUAGUACUAGAACCACUGUGGACUGCUCCCUCCACUGUAGAGGUGUGGCCGCAGGCGACACAGCCUACGUUAUCGCUAUGCCCGCCGGUGUUUGUAUUAUCUUGUUCGUACGACUGCCUGCCCGACGAGGCGAGCUUAGCAGUCAAAAUAGUUGGAGGGGAUCUCAUCAAGUCCACCGCGCCACCGUUACUCCUCGAUGCGGCCCGUUGUCUAAGAGGCGCCGUUAAAAUAGAGCCAUUCCCUCCUGGCUGCAAGCCGUCUAAUAGGCACGGUGUCGCAUCACACCCUGGAUUAGGAGGCGGCAGUUCUUGGUCACCGAUCACCAUCAGCCCCACCCUGGAGAAAACACUGCGCGGAAGCUACAAGCGCGUCAACGAUGCCCCAAACCAGAUUCCAAUCAUUAAUCCAAUUGUAUUUUUUCAACAGAAAUCUUUCGAUUUGUAUGCAUUGUGUAGAAGCCUGGCGUCCUCCUGUGAUUUGUUUGAGGCUUUGUUGGAGAAUCAAGAUUUAUUACUUGAACUGGAACAUUUUUCAUUUCUUAUCGAAGAAUCUGUGAAAAAUCGUGUAAGACAAACUACACCUUAUUGUAUCAAUUGCUUACAUGAUCGGAGAAACUGCAACCAUGCCAAAAUCGCUAUCCUCUUUUCCGGAGGCAUCGACUGUUCGAUUCUAGCCGCUUUAUCAAAUAAAUAUGUCAAAGAAAAUGAUCCCAUUGAUCUAAUUAAUGUAGCAUUUGAAAAGUUAGAUAGUACAGGACGUAUAAGCUGGGACGUGCCUGAUAGAUUGUCUGCUAAAUCUUCUCUCAUGGAGCUAAAAAACAUAUAUCCACGACGGAGGUGGAACUACGUGGAAGUUAACGUACGGCGAGAAGAGCUUCAUGAUAAUUUACGAAAUCAUAUUAAACAUCUUUUAUACCCAUUAAAUACGGUUUUAGACGAAUCUAUUGGUUGCGCAUUUUGGUUUGCUUCCCGCGGCAAAGGUAUAUGCUCAGGAAAGGAAUAUAUCUCAACUGCAAGAGUAAGUUGUUUAAAUUAUUAUUAUUAUUAA